GCGUCACAGGCGGGGUGAAAGUUCAUCUCAGUCGCAUUAGCUCCAGAAAAAAACAACACUUGAGUUAUGGGAGAAAAUCCAAACCUCUCUGUUUCUGUCCAAGACAGCAAAGCUGCAUAUGUCCUUAGCAAUGUGGCAGAAGUGGUGGAGCGAAUUCUCACAUUUGUACCCACCAAGUCACUUCUACAAAACGCAAGUGUGUGUAGAUUAUGGAGGAACUGCGCGCGUCGAGUCCUCAGAACUCGGCAGGAUUUGUCCUGGGUGUCCGCCUGUGGACCGUGUCAUUCAGCGGUCCACGCUCUCUUCAGCGCUCUCACAGAGGAGGUGGAGAAUGUGUUUCUGCUGCCCAAAACCGUCUUGGCCAUUGUAGACUGUGAGACUUUCAAUGGACAAGAUUUGUCUUAUAGAAAUACAGCAAAAAGAAGCCGUCAUGGCUCUGACCCAGUUGAGGAUGUAAAUCUUCUCUUUCCAAAAAGCUGUGAUAUCAUGGGAAUUGCCAGCCCUGGCAUUGUCUUAACUCCCCACAGUUCCCCUACGGCACCUCCUAAAGAAUAUCAGGAAGGGGAGGCAGGCUUUGCAAUUAUGUUUCCCAGCAUUGAUGGAGUUCAAAUCAAGCCUUUUCAUUUUUGUAAAAAGACCAUCUCCUCCACAGCCAUGAAAGAAGCAGGACUCAUCGAUAACACAGAUCUUCGUGUGGUUCUACUGUUUGUCUAUGAAGCGUACAAAUGCGGGGGAGCACGCUUUCUAAAUCAGAUCCUUGGGCCAUUGGCGGAGACCAAAGCUCUUGUAGCAGGGGGUCUUAUAGAAAGUGUAUUCUCUCCUCCCAGACAUUGCUGCACCCAGGGAGCAUACGGUGUAGUGGGGCUUACAUUGAGUGGCUCAAAGGUGCAGGGGGCCUCUGUGCUCUUGGAUCAGGACGUCAGCACCCCACAAUCAGCUGAGGUUACCAUUCGACGGCUUAAAGCAGCAAACAUUCCUGAAAAAAACACCAUUGGCUUCAUGUUUGCUUGUUUGGGGAGAGGCCAGAAUUACUACAAUAACCAGAGCAACGUGGAAGCAGAUGCCUUUCGUAAAGUAUUUCCGAAUACUCCACUUUUUGGCCUGUUUGGCAAUGGAGAAAUUGGUUGUGACCAGAUUAUUAAAGAUGACUACACGUUGUGUGACACUGACUCAGAAGGACUGCAGCAUGAGUACACAACAGUCAUGACAUUGGUCCAUCUAGGUUAGCAGGCUAGCGACAGUGAAACUGAAAAAAACAGUAUCCUCUGAAUGUAGCUGCCAAGGUUUCUUCUGACCAAUCUGGAGAGUCACGUUCAUGGUAGCACUUUUGUGACAUGGACCAAGAGGUAGUUAUAGCAGAGUUGGAGAACUUGUCAAAGGGUAUGGAAGACAAAUACCUUAUUUGACGCACAAAUGUAUAGUACUAAGUUUAUUCUGUGUAGUGAUUCCCCAAACGUACACCCUGGUUUGGUACAUACCCAAGGUAAAAUAAACUUGAAACAAGCACUUUUAAUUAGGUGAAUUGGGCCCUAAUGCGGUGUGACUAUACUUGUCAAGUCUUGAUUGACUGUUUUGAUUUUAAAUUUUGUAAAUUUUUACACUUUUCUUACCACUGAAAAAACAACACUGAUGGCCUGAAAGUUAUAAUUCUGGUACUGCAAGUUCUGUAAGAAUCAUGCAGUGCCUAGAUUUUGUUCACCUUAUCAAAUGCAACACAACAGUGGUACCUUAGCUUUUAAGAAUAAAUGAGCAUGUUAAUUUUUGCUCAGUGGGUCAUUAUUUGUAUUUUUGGAUAACUUUGAGUCAUCUAAAUUUGUCUUGUCUAGAUGAUUACUUUUUUAUAUAUACCUUUUGUUAUCCCAGGUUAUGGCAAAGCUAUUAAUCAAGUGUAAAUGUUAAAGUCAAUAUUUAAGAUAAUUGCCUUAUAAUUGCAUAUUAUUAAACAGAUUAUUUUCCCUCCAAAAUUGAGUUUAUGAAGUUGUCAAAUAAUAUGCCUGCAGUCCACUACCUUUUAUUAAAUGGUCUCUUUAUGAAGGCUAAGAGCAGUUUUUUUAUGUUUUAUUCAUUGUCCAAUCUUAUUGUAUAUAAAAACCUCUUAAAAAUGUGUCUGGUAUCAAUGCACUUUAAGAAUGUGCCAAAUCAUAUGCAACCUUACCCCAUAAUUUCAGUUCUAUUAAAUCGCAUUUGUUCAGUUGCUA